AAAGACUGAGUUGACAUGUGUUUGAAUGUCGUUAUUUUGGAGGACAGUCUGACAUAAGCAGCAACGUUGUGUCCCAUAGGAAAAUUACGUUGGGAGCUUCGUGUGAACACGACUCUACUUCUGUUUACAGCUGCCGUUGAACAUGUGAAAUUAUAGCCACUGCUUCAAAAUGUUGUUUAAUAUGUUCUCUAAUACGCCAUUAUGCUCAUUACAACGUAAUGUAAUGGCUGUCUCGGCGCAUAAACAGGCAUUUUACAAGUCGUUACAUUGUGGCGAAAGUUAAUUAGCAAGACAGAAGUUGCUUAACAAUUUUCAUUAUGUCGUGUUGUAAUAGAAUAACUAAGCUCAAGUAUUUACUGACAUUACAUCUCUGUAUGUGGCUUUGGGCCUUGCAUCGUAUCUGAGCUAUGAUAUACUGUAUCGUUAGCUCCGACAUUUGAAUAUUAUCAAGAACCAAACAUGGCUUGGGAUGGGAAACGGUUACCUUUUUUUUUCAAAAGCAUUUAAGACUGAGGCCUCACUGCUCAAUACUUUGGACUUGUAUGGCUGCAUGAGCUGAAUGAUACAAAUGUUUAUUAGUGGAAUGAAACUGUUUCUGCACAAUUUACUGUACUUUUUGUUUCAUGGGGAAACACUGCUGCUUUUUACUCUACUGCAUUUAUCCAGCAACUUUAGUUACUAGCAGUUACUUUGCAGAUUAACAUUUUAGCAUGGAAAACAUGAGAUUAUAAAAUGGAAUUUGUUGUAGAUUAAACUGUCCUACAGUAGCUACAAGUAGAGCUGAAAUCUUUAGUUGACUGGCAGAAAAUUAAUUGGCAACUGUAAAAAAUAUCUAACAUUUCAUGAUUCCAGCUUCUCAGAUAUAUGAACAUUUGCUGCUUUUCCCAUUUGACAUAUUUUUUGUUCAUUAUUAUUAUAUCUGCUAAUUGGGCGGUUUACCACAUUCACUACUUCUCCUUUUAACACUUAAAGUAUAUUUUCCUGAUUAUGCUUGCAUACUUUUACCAAGAAACAUUUUCAAUGCAGGACUUAUUCUUGUAAUGGAGUAUCUUUACAGUGUGUUAUUAGUACUUUUACUUGAGUAAAGCAUCUGAAUACUUUGUCCACCACCGAUGUUUAAGUUCUAACUGUAACAUCUGUUACAGGAGCAGGAAUUACAGGAAUGCAGGGGCAGAUGAUAGCGCACAUUACUUGGUAUUUGAAAUCAUCCCUGGUGGUAAACCCCAAGUCAUGAUACAGAAACAAACCUUCAGGGUGGCACUAAAAGUUAUUCUGCCUGGCAUUCCCCUUACAAGUCUGAUGAAUCAUGUGCUACUUCCGUUGGACAGUUGUACUCUUAACAAUAAGACUGCAAGUUUAGCCAGGAAAAGUACCACUCGAACUGGUUAGGGGUUCAUGGACUUUCUCAAGGACACUUCAGCAGGGCACAGUUGUAGUAACUCGGAUAAAAGUAGCAAUACAAUAGUACAAAAUACUACUUCACUAGUACAAGACCUGCAUUCAAACCUUUUCCUCAAAAGUGGAAGUAUUAGCGGAAAAAUAUACUCAAACGUUUCACAAAUAAAAGUAGUCGUACAAAAUCGCAUCUGCUAAGAUCGUGUCUCGCUACAGCUGGUCGUCAUGUAAUUGCAUAAAAAGCUCCACAACCAAAACCACACCACUUCUGUGAGAAGAAUAUCCAUUCUCAUACUGUCUCCUGUCUGAGUCUUGUUGCUGCUAGUGGCCUCGUGGUGCCCCCCCCCCCCCCAAAUAAUGAGAUGAGUGCAUGGUGUGGGGAGCCUAUGGUUGCCUUUUUAUGGCCAGGCCAGGCUCAGCUGUGGAGAACCAGGGGUUUAUGUCGCUCCACUCUGAUGGUCGCCUUGGCCUCAGCCGCCUGGAGCGACAGCAGAGCGAGCAGCUGUCUCAGUGUGGUUGUCGGUGGACCAGGUGCUGGUGUAGACCACAUGAAUCUGAGUACUGCUCCGUUACAGAAUGAUGCUGAUUUGUUGUCUUUGUUGCAAAAAAAAAAUCCUUCUAGGUUAUGUGCUUCAUAUUCUCUGUCAUGAAUUAAUUGUUUUUAUGUGCAGGGUAGCCUAAGCUUAACAUUUGGGAAGUAUAAUAUUAACUAUGAAUAUCCAAGUUUCAGCAAGGUUAUUCUGUACACAGUAGAGCUAUUGAACCGUUGAUACUGAGAUGAUAGACAUGCAAAAGUGAUGAAACGUGUUUGUAAUUUGCUUUGGUUGUAAUUUGAGAUUGCACCAGCAGGGGGCAGCAGUAGUAUAAAUACCAAAAGAUAAACAACAUAUUGCAAGCAACUACAUGUAAACUGUUUUUGAUUUACCCUUUUCACAUGCACAGAACUGUUUCCAGAUAAACAUACCGUACCUUCUAGGAAGCCACAGCGUGUUAUGAAACUGUAAUUAAAAGUCGUGCCCUGUGGUGAAUAAACCAAGCCAACCUUUUUUUUUCUAGAUUUAAAUGAAGCAAUAUGUUGUUUACAAGAUGAGAUGUUUUGUGCUUUUGUUGUGCUUGAGUGCUCUGCCUUUGAGUUUGUUGGCAUUGUAUUUUUAUCCAGAUAUCUCAGUGACUGUUCAGUGGAUUGCCACAAAAGUUUGUACAAACAUUUAUGGGACUGUUGAAAGGAUUGCCAUGAAAUCUGAUGUAGAAUUCCUUGGUUCUCUGGAUUAUGAAUCUGAACGACUUUGUUGAUCCUCUAACUUCAGAGUUUUCACUUAUCCUGUGAAAUAUUUAGACAUCCAAUUGCUGGACUGGUACAACAUUUUGUACAGAAAUUCACAGUCCCCAGAGGAUAAAUCCUACUGACUGAAGUGAUCCUCAGUCAGGACUUCUCUUCUAGUGCCACAAAAAGUUUCACGUUUGUGGUUCUGAGUAGGGAUCGAGCAUAGAUUGAUCAUCAGAAAAAAAAAAAAAAAUUAUCGAUUAAUCGUUAUUUUUUUAUACUUAAAAUGCCCGUGGCAGAAAAUAGGCUUCUAAAGAAACUGCUGUCCUCCUAAACAAAGCAGAACAACAAAGAUCUGUGGCACUCUUAGCUUGAAAUGGUCCCACACCAAACUUCUGCUCUCUUCAUGUUCACCUUAGAUUUCUUUGAGAACUCAAAGGCAGCUCGGUUCUCUCUGUUAAAUUUUAAUUGCGCCUCCUGCUGGUUGCUGCCACAUAAUGAAAAUAAUAAUAUUGCUGCCUCAUUGACAGAAAUCAAUCAAUUAAAUUUCACCUGACUGACAAAAUUCUUAGCAAUCAGCAAUUGAUCAUCAAUUAAUCAUGCCCAUCACUAGUUCUGAGUAAAAUUUCCUGAGAGCUAUUUCAUAGGUUGCCAUGAAAUCUCACUUUCACAUUCCUCUCAGGAUGAAUUAUAAUAACUUUGGUAAAUUGUGAAAGCUAUUUCUCACUGAAUAUAAAUACCUGCAAAAGUAAUGACAUUCUCAUCAGCCUCAGUUGUACUCUCUCCGGUGUUCUGACGUUAGCAUUUAGCCCAAAGCACCAGUGUGUUCACUGUGAGUCAACUCAUGAAAACCAUUUCUAUUUACAGUAAUGCUGCUUGUUUGUCUGUCUGCAGAGACGUCGGUAACAUGGCUCCCAAAUACAGACAUAGACCUUCUCGUCAACCUUUUUAUGGAAUAGAAAUGAAUAUACACCAGCCAUCCUCUAGAGUUUUAGCCAGGUUGUUACUAAGUCUAGUGACUAACGGCAUUGUACCUCUCUGAGUGUUUCUAUCGGGAAUAUAACCACAGGUCAUGAGUUCAGUUCCAAGGGCAGACAGACUAACACUGUUAUAGUAGAUGAUGAAAGGGGGGCAUAGGGAUCCUUUCACCUAUAUAGCUCCGCUGUGCAGGUGGGUGGGGGUAGUUUUCUGGCUGCUACACUGGUCUCUCUGUGCUCUUCACGCACAGCAGUGAGAUUGUUUCCACACCUCUGCUGUUUCCCUCCAUCUCACCUUCCCUCUCCCCCUCGUCCUUUGAGAGUAUAAAUUACUGUCCGCUAUUCUUGGAGCUGCUUGGUAAACAUACUGAUUUUAAGUUGCUCAAUACUCUUGACUGUUAGAGUUCGAAGCCUCUCUCCAGAGUUUGCUGUUUGUGAUAAUGUGUAGUAAAAGAUAAAAUGGCUAAAAUGUGAAGAUGAAGAACAGAUGUAACUGAACAACUCUGCUUUUGUGAAAGGGCAUUCUUAGCAUUUGUGGCAGGCAGUAAGAAAUCACAUAUACGACUGAGAGAAAGGAAAGCUCACUAACUUCUAUGUAAGGAAAUGCCAUUAUCCCUUCUAACAUAAAGACAAUCACUUACACAGAGGUUAGAAAGAUCUGUUUUUUUUCAGUGCAGGUCUGGGUUUGUGAGGCCCUGUCUGCCCUUCACAGAGCAGUUUGAUCCCUCGCAAAGCUUUGUGGACCGCUGCAUUGUUGGACCCUGGUGUGGAAUGUGCACUAAGUCCUUUGGCCAGAGGACAAGGGGCUUUAUUACAACCUUUAAACAAAUCUCUGUAAGGAGAUACCAGUGUAUAUUUUGAGAAGGAAUGAUCAUCUCCAAAUAUUGACAAGAAGCUUUGAAUACGCCUUUAAUGCAGGUUCCCAUGAAGUCAACACAAACUGGUGUUCUAAAAAAAGUCUAUUCAAGUGUUUUACUACUUUCUACUGUGUUGUUUUUCUCCUGGUGAUUUUACAGGAAUGAAAACUUGAAAUUUAAACGCCGUUAUAUCAAAAUCAGCCACAUUUCUCAGUAAGUAGCAGUGAAUUAUUAACAGGAUUAUAGUAUCACAGAUAUUUCAGAAUGCAAUGCCCAAAACCUUUUCUAGGGUCAAUAUUUAAUCGAUUAUUUGGUGGUGUUUCAGCAGAUUUCAACAGAAAAAAACAAAAAUACUAACAAAUAUUAUUGCGUAAUUCUCAUUUUGUCCAAAGUGACAAGUCUUACACCUAUAUUACCAUUCAGAUUUAUCUGAAGAUAUAUCAUGAAAAUACGCACUUACAUACCAUAAAUAAUCACAUUAGGUUAACUGCAAUGGCGUCAAUCAUUUAAUAGACAUGUAUCUAUUGGCCCUGGUGUUAAGACAUGCGAAUAUACAAACCUGAAUUUGAUCAGUUUUGUAUUUUGAACGAUAGGAAUAUGUGUGUUACAGAUCAUCAUUCAAUAUUUUUCUUUUGGGCUGUGCAAAACAACAGUAACGUGUUAUUGUGUCAUUCUUUACAACAAAACAGAACUAUAUUUCAAGAAGAUAUGUAUAAAUGUAGUGGUUUCUUUAAGAAGUGAAAACAACAUGUUUGUUAGAAUUCAUCUUCACUGGCAUGUACAGACAGUGAGCAGGUCCACAGGUAUGUGUGUGAUUAAGGCUGUCAGCAGCUCAUGUGUAAUCUCAGCCCCUCUAGCUGUGUUUGUGGUUUAAACACAGUCUGUUGUGUGUGUGUUAGAGGCAGAUUCUCUGUUUGGGUGUUGGAACAUAACAUGACAGGCAGACAGGCUGAAGGAGAGCAGGACGGCUUCCUUCUGUCUCAUACAAAUCACCCUGAUGUUAAGAGUCUAACCAGUGAUAAUUCUCUCCCAUAGGUUUGCACUGAAUUGAUAUGAAACAAAGCGUGUCCUGUUUCAGUUACAUUUAAUGGCAACUAAUAAUUGUUGAGACAUUUCACUCCAGACCAGACAUGUCAACCUUGUGAUGGCACCAGAGAAAACAGUCAGGGGAUCUCCAAAGUCUGUAGGAUUCGUCAUCUAGGGACCACGAAUGUCUGUGUAGAAUUUCAUGCCAAUUAGUCCAAAAGUUGUUGAGAUAUUUCAGUUUGGACAAAAGGGAUAGACCAACCGAUGGUCAUCCCCAGAGCAGUUAUCAGGGUAGUUGUCAGUUGAUUUUCUGUUGGGCGUCUAAUAGUUGUUUCUGACACCGGAGUCGUCCCUGUUCGUGUUUGUCUGCUGUGAUCAGAGUAGGUCUGUGCUGGUGCUUCUGUGCUUUGCUAAGCUGAUUGCAGAAUAUUAUGACAGGAAGCUCUGUGUUUUGGUCUGCCGCUGCCGUGCUGACGGUGGUGAGGAGGCCCGGGCUCAGCUGGCUCUCCUCUCAAAGACCACUUACUCACACUCACUGACCACAGAGACAUACCAGUAAAGGGGGGUGGGAGGGAUAUUCUCUCCCCACAGCGUCAGCCCACGGCAUGUUAGGUGUUCUCCCUAAACGCCCCCCUCCUCUCGUCUGGAAAUGGACACUGCUGGUGUAUUUAUAGCCCCUGAGCGCAAGCGAGCUCUCUUUCUUAAACACGGAUAAGGAGCUGGUCGACCAGAGUUGUGCUGAGCUUCGCUGUCGUAUAUUCUAGACUGUUGUACACUUUGCUUGUGUUAUGUACCUGGACAGGCUUGUCAGAUGAAAACAACAUUCUGAGCACAGUCACUGGAAGCUGAUCACCCAGAGAGAGGAGAGAUGGAAAAGCCAGUCUUGCAGACACAACCAUCCACCCUGCCUUUUUUCGACACGGCCCACGCCUUCAAUCUUCUGCGGGGAAUCCAUGAACUCCGAGCCGAACGCAAGUUUUUCGAUGUGACUCUGUGUGCUGAGGGCCGCGAGUUCCACUGUCACCGCACAGUGUUGGCCGCUGCCAGCACCUACUUCCGGGCUAUGUUCGCAGGAACGCUGAGGGAGAGUGCUAUGGACCGGGUCGUUCUACACGAGGUGUCAGCUGAGCUUUUAGGGCUGCUGGUGGACUUCUGCUAUACAGGACGGGUCACCGUCACUCAGGAUAACGUGGACCUCCUUCUGAAGACGGCUGAUCUGUUUCAGUUUCCCUCAGUCAAGGAGGCCUGCUGUGCGUUUCUGGAGCAGCGGCUGGAUGUUUCCAACUGCUUAGAGAUCCAGGACUUUGCAGAGGCCUACGCUUGCAGAGAGCUGGCAGCCAGCGCUCGCCGCUUUGUCCUCAAAAACAUAAUGGAGCUGGCUAAAGGCACGGACUUUGAGCGGUUACCUUGGAAGCGCCUGCUUGAGUUUAUGUCAGACAAUGACCUUUGUGUGGACAAAGAGGAGACGGUUUAUCAGAUUGCAGUGCGCUGGGUGAAGGCUGACCUCCAGCGGAGACUCCACUACUGGCCCGAGCUCCUCCAGCAGGUCAGACUCCCUUUUGUCAGGAGGUUUUUCCUGUUGGCUCACGUGGAGAGCGACCCGCUGGUCUACCUUUCACCCACUUGCCUCCGCAUGGUGAACGAAGCCCGUAGCUUUCAGUCCUGUGAGUACGACCGCCACGACAGGCCCUGCCACCGCAUGAGGCCACGGCCCUCCACAGGAUUGGCAGAAAUCCUGGUGGUGGUGGGAGGCUGCGACCAGGACUGCGAUGAGCUGGUCACAGUGGACUGUUACAACCCCCAGACUGGACAGUGGCGCUACUUGGCUGAAUUCCCUGACCACCUGGGAGGAGGCUACAGCAUAGCUGCCCUCGGAAACGAUAUGUACGUCACAGGUGGCUCUGAUGGCUCUCGUCUUUAUGAUGGUGUGUGGCGCUACAAGUCCAGUGUCAACGAGUGGACGGAGGCGGCGCCCAUGCUGAAGGCCCGCGAGUACCACAGCUCUUGUGUGCUGAAAGGUCAGCUCUACGUGGUGGCAUCAGACAGCACCGAGCGCUACGACCAUGCUCUCGACUGCUGGGAGGCCUUACCAGCCAUGCUGCACCCCAUGGACAACUGCUCCACCACCACAUGCAGCGGACGAUUGUACGCUAUCGGCUGUCUGACCGGGGAGGACACCAUGGCCAUCCAGAGCUAUGAUGCAGACACCAACCGCUGGUCCAUGGUUAAAUGUGGACAGCUGCCUCCGUGGUCCUUCACGCCGAAAACCGUGACCCUCAACGGCCUCAUCUACUUUGUCAGGGAUGACUCAGCUGAGGUGGAUGUUUAUAAUCCUCAAAAGAACGAGUGGGACAAAAUUAGUCCGAUGACCCAGGUUCAUGUUGGAGGAAGUGUGGCAGCCCUUGGCGGUAAAUUAUAUGUGUCUGGUGGUUAUGACAACACAUUUGAGCUGUCGGAUGUGGUGGAAGCCUACGACCCGACUACCCGCUCGUGGGCUCUCGCUGGACGACUACCUCAGCCGACCUUCUGGCACGGCAGUGUCAGCAUAUUCCGCCAGUUCAUGCCCCUGGUGUCCAGUGCAUUCGAACCUAUGGACUCACCUGAGUCAAACGCCAUUCACCUACACCGGCACCAACGUCACCAAGCGCUACACAACCUCAACAACAAUCUCAACCAAAACCAGAACCAGGACGUGAACCCAGCGCACUGAGUUUGGACCUAAAAUCCCCUCUCACACAUGUUCAGUCUGUCUUCCCUCGUUGUGCCAUUGUUAGUUUACUGUGAAUUUACCUCAUCACAAUGUUAAAGCUGAUUACGGCAGAAGAGAGAAGACUGAGCAUGUACAAAGUAGUCUGAGCUCCUUGUGAUGCACUUGACUGUUGAGCUGUCACACUGACAAUCACUUAAGUCCGUUGACUGGAUGAAUUAUAAAAAGGCUAAGUGUUUCUUAGCCCUGUUCACUGGGAGACAGUCCUGGAUGGUUCCCAUAGAAAGCCUAGGGGAAGUUGCUGUCUGCUGCUGUUUAUUGAAGGUGGGGAAGUUAAUCACAUUUAAUCCUUAUCCUUAAAGUCUUUUCACUUGUAAAAGUGAAAUAUACUGCCUGAAAACACUUUAGAUUAAAGCUGAAACAAUUAAUCGACCAGUCACUGGCCAGUCAGUACAACUCAAUUAAUCAUUGAAGUCACUUUUUGGAGCAAAUAUGUCACAGUCACAGGCUCCAGCUUCUCAGUUUUAUAUCAUAGUAAACAAAAGAACUUUGGCCAAAGGAAAUUGUGAUGUUUUUCUCAAUUUGCAGACAUUCUGUAAACCAAAUGAUUAAUUAAGAAUAUAGUCAUCUUUCUCAGCCAUUAGCCACAAGAAUUAGCAACUCUCUAAAACACUCUAAAACAAACUUAACAUGGUCACACAAUAGUGACAUUCAUGCUUCAUCUCAAGUGUUUUCAAACAGCGUCUUUCAGUUUAACAAGAAAAGACUUCAAGGAUGGCGACUAAAUUAAUGUCUGGUUAACUGCCCCACUUCUGACAAAAAGCUGAACAUAGCAGCUUCUCUGGGUGGAUGAGACAGGUGUUUCUGUGUAUGGAUAUCUGUGUUUUAGCCUUGGGCCACACCAUGUACCUCAGCUGUGUGUGACGGCUACCUUGCUGAACUGCUGCGCCUCGCUCACACAGGGAGUGUUGCUGCUGUGGUGCUGCUACUGCCAGUCCCACCUUUCUACAUUGUUUGCCUUUGAUAAUGGCCAUCAGUAACAGCCUACUAAUAACCACAAAGCAGUAAAGACAGUACAGAGAGUGCACCAGAGUUUACCCUUGUUUAAAGAAAGUGCACCAGAAAACUACUGCCCUUCACCUGAUGCUCUGUUACUACACUGACAUAAACAUCAAAGCUAUAGUGAAAGGUGUCAGUCACAUAGUGUUGCAAAUGACAGUAGAUCUUUUCACUGUCUAUUUUUGCUGAGAACUGUGUGCCUCACGUGUAAAAUAUAUGCUCCAUGCCAAAACUGUAGAUGGCAUGCCGCUACAGCGAGGCUGUUGAUCUAACUUGUCACCAUGGGCGCUGAAUUUAAAAGCAAGGGUUUCAUUGACUGUUGUGCACAGGUGAGGUAAGCGGUAUGGCCUAAAGCUUAGCAGUUGAUCACUGUGGAAUGUUUAUUUUCUACAAACACACUACAUUUUAGAUAUGCACGCAUCAGAAUAUGUGUUUACAGACCUUUUAUGGCUCCAGAGGAAGCUGUGUGAAAUCUGAUGAAUUGCCUCAAGUGACGUCACGUGAGUCUGAAGACUCUGAAAAUGUAAAAAAUCUUGGGAGUAGAGUUGGAAAGAAGUGAGCUCCAUAGCCUGCUCCUCACCUCUGCAGAGGCUAGAGGCUACGUGAGCAGUUACUAGCCUAACACACCUGAAUCUUGGUCUCAAUUGUCAGCGGUCAAGUAUUGUGGUUAAUGUAGGCACCAGGUUUUAAGAAAGAAGGUGAAUAAUGUAUGGGAUGAAAAAUGCAGUAUCUCUGGUUCUGCUAUGUUGACUUUGAUCCUUUAAAAACAACUGUCCACUGUGAGUCUGACAAUGUUUUAUUCUAAAUUGGUGGAACACUCUAAUCAAUUUGUUGCCCUGAGCAGAAGCCAAAUAUUUAUUCAGAAACAGCCAUUAUCUGUCUACAUUCCAAAAACGACGGCAAUCACAAAUGAUAUUUUUAGCACUAGGCAGACAGGUGGCUUGAUAGGAUGGUUUGAAAUUUACCAGUAGAAAUACCUUGUACUCAGUAGGUGUGUUGAGUAACCUUGUGUCAUUAAGGUAGAAUUUCAGGAUAGUUGCAUGUGAUGUUAACUUGUCCUGGGUUGAUACUAUUGCUAGCGAUUAGGCUGCACACCAUCUCCUUUGUGUCACUCCUGACGUUGAAACUGGGUUACAUCAGCCUCUAUAACCAUCAGUCGAAUGUGCAUGAAGUAUUUUCUUUAAAAACUGUAUUUAUGAAUGUUUUACUGUUUUGUAUGUUUAUUUAUGGAUCUGUUUUGUGCUGUGGUUGCUUAAGAUAUCCCUGCCUAUCAGUUGCAACAAGAGGAGUAAAACUUAGUGGUAGUGACGGGUUGGCAGUCUCAACUGGAAAUGCAAAAGAAUCUCAAUUUGCUCUUGCUUUAAUGGAAGUUGUACUUUUGUGUGUUUCUAAGGUAUUGUUAAUGCAUUAUCGUUUUCUUAGUUUUCAUACAAGUUUGUGAUGUUGAAUCAGUUUUGUAAAUACAGUAUAUUCUUAACCUUA